UCAGCAAUGCCGAGCCCUUCGGCAAAGUAUUACUGGUUACGACAAUUGAUCUCAGGUUGUCCGUGUUUCCUUUUGACUCUGCCAUACGUGGCAAUAAAGGGCUGAUGACAACCCGGAGCACCUGUUGAGCCAGAAUCCCGUCUAUAUAACUGCCACUUCACGAGACCAACUCGAGCUCUCAACGUUUGCUCCUUCACCAACACACAGCCAUCUUCCAGCCAUCAGUGUGCAACAUGAAGAACAUUCAGCAACUCGUUCUCGCCUUCCUCGCAACCUCUGUUCCCAUGUUGGCGUCUGCCCACAUGGAGAUGACCGACCCGCCCCCGUUAAGGUCCAAGCACAACCCCAACACCGGGCUCGACGGCGUUGACUACAGCAUGACGUCGCCGCUCGCGACCGACGGCAGCAACUUCCCCUGCAAAGGCUUCCUAACCCUCCUGGGAACGCCCAAGGGCAAGCCCGUCGCGACCUGGACGGCUGGGCAGUCGUACAGCUUCACCAUCGCCGGCGGAGCCCACCACAAUGGCGGGUCGUGUCAAGCCUCGUUGUCGACGGACGGGGGCAAGACGUUCCGCGUCAUACACAGCUAUGAGGGUGGCUGCCCAGGUCAAGGAGUGUCGUCGUUCAGGUUUCGAGUGCCUGGAGAUACCCCUGCCACCGAAGGGGCCGUGUUCGCCUGGACGUGGUUCAACAAUCUGGGGAACCGGGAGAUGUACAUGAACUGCGCCGUGGUCAACAUUGUUGGCGGUGGCGCCGGUUUCGGAGCAGAGAAAGUGGCAUUUGGAGGACGGCCGGGCUUGUUCAUGGCCAAUAUCGGCAACAACUGCAAGACGGUCGAGACAUACAACGUCAAGUUCCCCGACCCGGGUCCGGAUGUGGACUCCAUCGGGAACGUUCAUCCACCGGAGGGAAGCUGUGGAGCCGGCCUAUCUUCGGGGUCCGGCUCGGGUUCGGGGGCUGGCACUGGCACUGGCUCCGGCUCCGGCACCGGCACCGGAUCAGGAGACAGCACUGGAAUCGGAGCCCCUGGUCAGACCCAGACCUCCGUUCCUGGUGAAGGCACUGGCUCGAGUGGGAGCACCGAAGGUGAGACACUCGUCUCUCAUGCCCCUGCGGCAUCGACCUACUCACACAACUGUCAGAAGACGAUUCCGCCGCCUACUGCCCAGACUAACACGAACGGUGAAGGUGCCGGCCGGGGACCCGGAGAAUGGACGCCGGGAAAUGACUGGCCAGAUUGGUUUCAGUCAGCCGGGUCCAUGACAUUUCUUCCUGCUUAUCUCGUUCUCGCAGUAUACUUCGGUGCAGUUGCCUUUUCAUUCUUGAUUUCCGGAUAAGAACGAGAUGCGAUGAAUAGCGCGCUCGCGACAAUAUUUCUCAUUCCAAUACCAGCAUAGCGAUUAGAUCGGAGACUUCACAGUCUUACUGCCUCAACAAUAUCAACAUUUCAGAUAACAGCUUCUUCGUAUUCCUUUGUCCCUCAACAUCAGUAGGUAAUCAGUGAUUCGGGCCUGGGCCAUCCCCCAGCGCCGACUUGUUACAACCCGUA